UUACAACCUCAUCGCGGACACAAUUUUAUUGUCGUACCAAAGAUUCAAAACUAGUUCCACUCGUCAGUUCGAAACAACCUCAUUCAGCAGCAGAACCAGAUCACAUAUACAACUGUAACAAUACCAUCACAAUGGCCACGACUCUCCCAGCAUCGUCCUUCUCGUUGAGCACAUCCUCCUUUCGCGCCUCUCAAUCGCAAAAUGCGCCGUUUUCCUACUCAGACAACCCUCUCACCCAGCUUCCGACCGUAGACUUCAACUUCGAAGACCUGCGCCGGCGCAUGGCCGAUUUCACCGUCAAAUUUGACGCGUUUAUCGAACAAGGCCGGAAACGAGUUCUACAGGAAAGAAAUGAAUUUCGAGCACGUCUGGGAGAACUAAGUGAGGAACAAAAAUCAACCAGUACACAGAUGGCGACAUUACAAUCCGCACUAUCAACACACGAACACAUCCUUGCACGUGAACAAGCCGAAAAGAAUGAAAUGCACGGUCAGAUCUCUAAACUCGAAGCCCAUCAAUCCAACCAGUCGGCCACACGCGAUCGACUCAAGAAUACGAUUGCUCAAACACAGCGACAAAUUGAAGUCAAAGUACAAGCUCAGAGAGAGUAUUCGCAAAAAAUGGACGGACAGAGUCGACUUAAUGGGCCGGAAUUGAACUUUUGGGAAACUUACCUGGGAUGUCGGAUUGAAGGGACUGGAGAUGAAAAUACAGUAAGGGUGGUGUUUGUGUUUCCACCGGCGAAAGGGACGAAGAGUGGGGGUGGGCAUGGGCAGGACAUAGAGGCCAUGUUGGAUUUGCAGAUUCCAGAGACUACGUCGGGGAAGUAUAGGGUGGUUGUGACGAAACCGAAGUUGGAUUCCUCGCAGGUGGGUAAAGUGGUGGAGAGAUUGAAUACGAGUAGAGAGAUUGGGACUUUGUUGAAGGGGAUGAGAGGGUUGUUUGUGGAGGCUUUGAAGGGAUGAUGAGGGAUGAGUUGGCUUGUUAGUUGAGUAUUGACCAAUAUAUCCAAUUGAGAUGA